GCUGUUUCCUGUCUACAGUGUCUGUGUAAUGUAGAUAAAUGUGAGGAUUUUCUCUAAAUCCCUCUUCUGUUUGCUAAAUCUCACUGUCACUGCUAAAAUCAGAGCAGAUAGAGCCUGCGCAAUGGAAUAAAGUCCUCAAUAUUGAAAUGUGACAUUGCUCUCAACAUCUCACAUCUCUCUGGAUUUCUUUUUUCUCAUCAUUACUGCUAACAAAUUCAUUUCCAGACUUUGCACUUUUAAGAAGCAAUGGAAAAAAUCAACAGUCUUUCCACACAAUUAGUUAAGUGCUGCUUUUGUGAUUUCUUGAAGGUGAAGAUGCACACUGUGUCCUACAUUCAUUUCUUCUACCUUGGCCUGUGUCUGCUUACCUUAACCAGUUCUGCUGCUGCUGGCCCAGAAACACUCUGUGGUGCUGAGCUGGUUGAUGCUCUUCAGUUUGUGUGUGGAGACAGAGGCUUUUACUUCAGUAAGCCUACAGGGUAUGGAUCCAGCAGUAGACGCUUACACCACAAGGGGAUAGUGGAUGAAUGCUGCUUCCAGAGUUGUGACCUGAGGAGGCUGGAGAUGUACUGUGCUCCAAUAAAGCCACCUAAAUCUGCACGCUCUGUACGUGCUCAGCGCCACACUGAUAUGCCAAAAGCACAAAAGGAAGUGCAUUUGAAGAAUACAAGUAGAGGGAACACAGGAAACAGAAACUACAGAAUGUAAGAACAUGCUAUCCACAAGAAUGAAGAAUGAAUGUGCCAUCUGCAGGAUACUUUGCUGUAAAUAAAUUAUUUGUUAAACAUUGGAAGACUUAAAAAAAAAUAAGCUUGAUGCAAUCUCAACCAAUGGGCAUUCUCCCAAUGAACAAUGCAACUAAACAUUCCAAUAUAAGUCUUUAGAGAACAGAACAUUUUAAGCAGCCCAGAGCUAAAAAAAAUCUGUGGUUGAUAUAUUACUGUUUGUUAACCUGUUUUAAAUGUCCUGCACAAAAUCUCUUUAAGUCCUGUGCCCCUCAAAAGCCUACAAAUUUAUGGGCCUUUGACGGAUCCAAUUGCACUAAAUUAACCUAUGAA